AUGGACAUCAAGUUUUGCAAGACCAACCUUCUCAUUGAGCACAAGGAGUUGGAUGGGAGGUAUCCAAUUCAAGUUCACACAUCCAUUGGCUGGACCUCCAAGCUUCUCCUGCCCAACCCAGAGCUCACCACAGUAGUCAGGGGUGAGAACAUUGACUUCAGACCCCCUGUGUACACAUUGGUUGGGCAAGAGACGUUUUGCGAGAAGAGGAGUCUGAACUCGAUCGAGCUGAGGAUCGAGCUGAGGGUCAAGUCCAUGAGAGCGCGGAUUUGGGUGAGCCUGAGUGCUACUACUUUGAGGAGUAUGAGGCUCCAAGAUGAACCCCUCUGUUGUGGCUGCCCACAAGAGGAUUGGACUUCUCCAAAGGUUCAACAAGUGGCAAGGGAAGCCAUGGAAAAGAUGCAAAAGUCCAUGGACAAGAUGGUGAGCAAGAUCAAGAGUUUGGAGAAGAAAGUUUCUGGUUCUUCAAGCAAGAAGAAGAAGGCACCCAUGGCCCCACAUUCCCUAGGAGUAGAUCACUCCUCACCACUCAAAGGAGGCUUCCACCCAAGAACCUCACAGAGCCUCUUCUUUCGAGCCAAGGGAAGGGAAGACAACUCACAGAGAAGGAGGAAGAGCUCUAAGGCCAGACGCUCCAGCUCGACCACCGGACUCGAUCGAGUCCAAACAGAGGAAACUCAACUCGAUCGAGCUGAGGGUCGAGUUGACCUGGAGGAGCCCUGUUUGAGAACCGGGAUUUGA